AUGGAUAUCGCGGAUGUGGCAGCAGUUGCUGCAGUUACUGAGAUAUUCAUCUUUAAAAUGAUGACGUAUAUAUACGUGAGCCGGACCUUACUCCACCUUGGUCAGGUGGAAAGCCAAGGUCAUACACCAGAGAGAUCCUGCUCUUCUGUCUGUGACCUUGGCUCUCCAUCUGACCACGCUUGCUCUUGUCCACACCCGGUACCUGACCCCGGCUUUGAACUGGCUUUUCUGCUCUGCCUGAGUCCUGCUUCUUUCCAUGGUUUCCAACUGUCUGCAGACACUAUCCUGGUGUCUCAUCUGAGUGGCCAGGCACUUCAUGGCAUUAGAAAAGACAAGGGCAAUGCGAUGGCAGGAGAAAAUGAUCCACCAUCUCCCAGUGUCACCAUCUCCACCCUGGAGGGGGAGAACAACCGACUGGUGCAAUCCACCAGUGAGAGAGAGCCAAUAACACCGGCUAUGAAUGUGGAGGACCAACAAAGUGCAGUCACCCCAUCCACCAAUGAGGGUGAGCAAACUGCACUGGUUCCAUCUACCAUUGACAGAGAACCAACAACACCGGCUAUGACUGUGGAGGACCAACAAAGUGCAGUCACCCCAUCCACCAAUGAGGGUGAGAAUACUGCACUGGUUCCAUCCACCAGUGACAGAGAACCAACAACACCGGCUAUGACUGUGGAGGACCAACAAAGUGCAGUCACCCCAUCUACCAAUGAGGGUGAGCAAACUGCACUGGUUCCAUCUACCAUUGACAGAGAACCAACAACACCGGCUAUGACUGUGGAGGACCAACAAAGUGCAGUCACCCCAUCUACCAAUGAGGGUGAGAAUACUGCACUGGUUCCAUCCACCAGUGAGAGAGAGCCAAUAACACCGGCUAUAACUGUGGAGGAUCAACAAAGUGCAGUCACCCCAUCCACCAAUGAGGGUGAGCAAACUGCACUGGUUCCAUCCACCAGUGAGAGAGAGCCAAUAACACCGGCUAUAAAUGUGGAGGAUCAACAAAGUGCAGUCACCCCAUCCACCAAUGAGGGUGAGAAUACUGCACUGGUUCCAUCCACCAGUGACAGAGAACCAACAACACCGGCUAUGACUGUGGAGGAUCAACAAAGUGCAGUCACCCCAUCCACCAAUGAGGGUGAGAAUACUGCACUGGUUCCAUCCACCAGUGACAGAGAACCAACAACACCGGCUAUGACUGUGGAGGACCAACAAAGUGCAGUCACCCCAUCUACCAAUGAGGGUGAGAAUACUGCACUGGUUCCAUCCACCAGUGAGAGAGAGACAAUAACACCGGCUAUAACUGUGGAGGAUCAACAAAGUGCAGUCACCCCAUCUACCAAUGAGGGUGAGAAUACUGCACUGGUUCCAUCCACCAGUGAGAGAGAGCCAAUAACACCGGCUAUGACUGUGGAGGACCAACAAAGUGCAGUCACCUCAUCCACCAAUGAGGGUGAGCAAACUGCACUGGUUCCAUCUACCAUUGACAGAGAACCAACAACACCGGCUAUGACUGUGGAGGACCAACAAAGUGCAGUCACCCCAUCCACCAAUGAGGGUGAGCAAACUGCACUGGUUCCAUCCACCAGUGACAGAGAGCCAAUAACACCGGCUAUGACUGUGGAGGAUCAACAAAGUGCAGUCACCCCAUCCACCAAUGAGGGUGAGCAAACUGCACUGGUUCCAUCUACCAUUGACAGAGAACCAACAACACCGGCUAUGACUGUGGAGGACCAACAAAGUGCAGUCACCCCAUCUACCACGGAGGGUGAGCAAACUGCACUGGUUCCAUCCACCAGUCACAGAGAACCAACAACACCGGCUAUGAAUGUGGAGGAUCAACAAAGUGCAGUCACCCCAUCUACCAGGGAGGGUGAGAAUACUGCACUGGUUCCAUCUACCAUUGACAGAGAACCAACAACACCGGCUAUGACUGUGGAGGAUCAACAAAGUGCAGUCAGCCCAUCCACCAAUGAGGGUGAGCAAACUGCACUGGUUCCAUCCACCAAUGACAGAGAACCAACAACACCGGCUAUGACUGUGGAGGACCAACAAAGUGCAGUCACCCCAUCCACCAAUGAGGGUGAGAAUACUGCACUGGUUCCAUCUACCAAUGAGGGUGAGAAUACUGCACUGGUUCCACCCACCAUUGACAGAGAACCAACAGCACCGGCUAUGACUGUGGAGGACCAACAAAGUGCAGUCACCCCAUCCACCAAUGAGGGUGCGCAAACUGCACUGGUUCCAUCCACCAUUGACAGAGAACCAACAUCACCGGCUAUGACUGUGGAGGACCAACAAAGUGCAGUCACCCCAUCUACCAAUGAGGGUGAGAAUACUGCACUGGUUUCACCCACCAUUGACAGAGAACCAACAACACCGGCUAUGACUGUGGAGGACCAACAAAGUGCAGUCACCCCAUCCACCAAUGAGGGUGCGCAAACUGCACUGGUUCCAUCCACCAGUCACAGAGAACCAACAACACCGGCUAUGACUGUGGAGGAUCAACAAAGUGCAGUCACCCCAUCCACCAAUGAGGGUGGGAAUACUGCACUGGUUCCAUCCACCAGUCACAGAGAACCAACAACACUGGCUAUGACUGUGGAGGAUCAACAAAGUGCAGUCACCCCAUCCACCAAUGAGGGUGCGCAAACUGCACUGGUUCCAUCCACCAUUGACAGAGAACCAACAACACCGGCUAUGACUGUGGAGGAUCAACAAAGUGCAGUCACCCCAUCUACCAAUGAGGGUGAGAAUACUGCACUGGUUCCAUCUACCAUUGAUAGAGAACCAACAAGACCGGCUAUGACUGUGGAGGACCAACAAAGUGCAGUCACCCCAUCCACCAGGGAGGGUGCGCAAACUGCACUGGUUCCACCCACCAGUAAGGAUGAGGAUGAGGCAACCAUUGCUUCUCUGACUGUGAAAGACCGUCAAUGUCCAGUCAUCCCAUCCAUGAAGGACAUUGAGAAGACUCCAUUGGCUACUGCCACCAAUAAGAGUCAAACAAUUAAACUGGACACAGCAAUGGAGGACCAGCAAAGUAUCAUCACUUCAGACACCGUGGACAGCAGUGAUAUCCCACCCAGCAGUGUCAAGAAACUAUAUAUGGAAAGCUUCAACUUCCACAAGCUUAUUGGAUCGGGGAGCUUCGGGAAAGUGAUGUUGGCCACCCAUCUCGCCACUAACCAAAAGCUGGCGGUGAAGUUCGUCGUAAAGAAAGAACUACUGAGAUCUGGACCCUGCGUUGCCCUCACUGAAAGAUGCAUUCUAGAAGAAGGCAGAGAGUGCCCAUACAUCACCCAUAUAUAUGGGUCAUUCCAGACAAAGAAUCAUCUGGCCUUUGUUAUGGAGUAUGUGAGCGGAGGAGACCUCAAUGACCUGAUAAAAACUUCAGCUCCAGUUCCUCUGAAGACCUUAAGAAACUUAACAGCGGAAAUUAUUUGCGGCCUGCAAUUCCUGCACGCCAAAGAGAUUGUUCACAGAGAUAUGAAGCCGGGAAACAUCCUCUUAGACAACGCCGGCCACGCAAGAAUCGCGGAUUUUGGAUUGUCAGCGAAGGGAGUCACCGAGUCGAAGAGAAUUACAGGACGUGUGGGGACAACAAUCUACAUGGCUCCAGAGAUCCUGCAAAAAAUGGAUUAUUUCACCAUGGUUGACUAUUUCUCCCUUGGAAUAAUAAUUUACAAGAUGGCGUUUGGAAGACAUCCAUUCAUGACAGUAAAAGACAAACAGGAAAAAGUUCUGAAGAGAAUUAUUGGAAUGAAUCCCCAUUAUCCGAAGGACAUGGACCCCAACCUCCGUAACCUCCUAACUAGGCUUCUGUGGAAAGACCAAGAUGGACGAAAACAACAAGUCAGUGACAUCAGGAGCCACGCGUUCUUCAAGACCGUGGACUGGGCGGAGCUAGAGGGAAGAAAGUCUUUCACGCCCUCUGAAUCUGAACCAAUUUGUCUGCCACCAUCAAAUGACAGCAUGUAUUUGAAUAAAUUCAUCAACUGCAUGGACAAGACGGCAAUAUCCCCAGAGCAACAGGGGUAUUUCACUGGAUUUUCAUACAUGAGUGACAGUUUGAUGAUGUCACCAAAGAACCGGAAGUGUUGA